UGUAGUAGUUUAGAGCAGGCCACGCCCCCUGAGCGUGGUGUCAGAGUGAAACAGAGGCUCGGGUUGGCGGACAUUUGCUCGAGGGAUAUUUGAGGCACCAUCCUUUCCCUUUCCUGGCCACUUACUUCUUGCCCUGGUACUAGGACUGGUCGCACACCCCGAGUGCUGGCAGAAAGCAUUGCUCGCUCACUCGCUCGCGUGCGUCUGAUCACUCCCUUUUGCACAACAGCAAGGAGUGAGGGGACGAGGCCUCUCCUGCAGUCAGUGUUGGCUGGAAACCAGGACCAUGUGUGCAGAGUGGUUAGGGAAGUUAGUUACCCUGGCGUUGGUCUUCGCGAGCUUUGAUCCAGUUGUGGGCACAGAAGCCACCCAUCCUCCGGAAGGUGCUCAAGACAGAGCUCCUCAGCAAAAAGGGCGACUGUCUUUGCAAAACACAGCUGAAAUCCAGCACUGUUUGGUCAAUGCUGGCGAUGUGGGGUGCAGUGUGUUUGAGUGCUUUGAAAAUAACUCUUGUGAGAUCCGAGGUUUACAUGAGAUCUGCAUGACGUUCCUCCACAACGCUGGAAAAUUUGAUGCCCAGGGGAAAUCUUUCAUUAAAGAUGCUUUGAGGUGCAAGGCUCAUGCCUUAAGGCACAAAUUCAGCUGCAUCAGUCGCAAGUGUCCUGCCAUCAAGGAGAUGGUGUUCCAGCUGCAGCGAGAAUGCUACCAGAAGCAUGACCUCUGCUCUGCAGCCAAGGAGAAUGUCCGGGUCAUUGUGGAGAUGAUUCACUUCAAGGACCUGCUGCAGCAUGAACCAUAUGUCGAUCUAGUGAACACCCUGCUCACUUGUGGAGAGGAGGUCAGAGAUGCCAUCACACGGAGUGUCCAGACCCAGUGUGAACAGAACUGGGGAAGUCUUUGUUCCAUCCUGAGCUUCUGCACCUCCGUACCACAGGAGGACUCCACCGUGGAACCUGAGAAGAAGCCAAAUGAAGUCUCGAGGUCUUCUAUUAACCAAGGGGACACUGUAGUCAGUGCUGAAUCUGACCCAAGAGAGAGCUCCCGAAGCAGCAGAGGAGAAAGAGGUAGCAGGCUUCCUGUAAAUGCCCAUGCUCGCACUAAAGCUGGAGGCCAUACUCCCAAAGCAGUCCAUGGAGUUGCUGAACAGGCAGAUGAACAGUCUGACUUCUCUGACAUCCGAAGGUGAAAGGAGGAUACAGCUCUUCCUUCCCCUCCACCAGAAACUUCCUCCAUUGAGUCCAUCUUCUUAUCUAGGGGCAUUCCAUAAUAUUUACAAUAUAGAAGGGUGGUGUCAGGCACAGGGCAUUGUGGGAUAUGUGGCAGAGAUGGUAGCCCUAUUCAGACAUUUGUUAAAAACAUGUGCUAUAACUCUACAGUGGCGCAAAUGGGUCAGAAGUCCCAGCCCUGACCUGUCACCCACCAUUGUGCCCACUGCUCACACAGUGGCACUUGUGUGAAGUGGGAAGUGCUUUAUCUGUGAUGGUGGGCACUUCUCUGAUUGUGAGGCCCAUCAAUUAUGGUUACAACAGCACUUUUACCAAACAUCUGAAUAGGGCUGGUGUAUGUAUUAUAAACAGAUGAAAAGCAAAGGGUAUUGGAUAUUGAUUGUAGCUGGCAGAGAUGGUAGCCCUAUUCAGACAUUUGUUAAAAACAUGUGCUAUAACUCUACAGUGGCGCAAAUGGGUCAGAAGUCCCAGCCCUGACCUGUCACCCACCAUUGUGCCCACUGCUCACACAGUGGCACUUGUGUGAAGUGGGAAGUGCUUUAUCUGUGAUGGUGGGCACUUCUCUGAUUGUGAGGCCCAUCAAUUAUGGUUACAACAGCACUUUUACCAAACAUCUGAAUAGGGCUGGUGUAUGUAUUAUAAACAGAUGAAAAGCAAAGGGUAUUGGAUAUUGAUUGUAGCUGGCAAAUUCAAUGUAUACAUGCAACAAAAUGUCUCCAUUUGUAGUUUCAUGUGAAUGCAGGUUUGCAGGGAUGGGAAUGUUAGGAUGGACUUGUCCAAAUUUUCUUUUGUCCACUAGUGGCACAACAUCUAGACUAUGUUCCGCAUUUAGUCUUGAGGCAGAAAAUAAUCUCAUCUCUAUGCUCUGUCAGAAUAAAUAUCCCCAAAUGGGGGUGCUGAGAUACUUGUAAUCAAAUUAACAUACAGCAUGUAAAAUGUUGCAUUUUUUUAACCAAGUAGUUUCUCUGAGCCAUUGUUCCUUGUCUUGGUGACACCACCUGCCUUAAGUGUCCCUUCUGUUGGUUUAUGUGGAUCGCUGCUAGCCUUUUCUUCCUGUUCUAGUUUUUUUUUUUUUUUUCUUCAGGAAAUCAGUUGAUUACAUAAACUGUUUCUGGGCAAGGUAACUGGAUCUUUUCAACUGGCCCUGCAUUAUACCAAUCUCAUUUUUGAGCAGAUCUUCAAAAAUCUACUUGGCUUCUGAUUAAAGUGGGUGUCCUAACUAUGGAUAUCCCACCAAGACUUGUUUGAACAUGAGAUAAAAUUUUGGCAGCUUGAUGAAAAAUCUCUUCCUCUUUUUUUCUCUGUCUGAAAACCAGAAUCACAAGUUUGCAGGGUUGUAGAAACUUGGUGCUCUAAGGUUGUCUGUAAAGUGCCAAAGAAAUCGUGAUGAUGGACACGGUAUCCCAAGCACUGAGCAAUGCUUUGAUCUGGUUAAUAAUUUGAAAUCAGCUUAGUCUUCCCAACACCUCAGUGCUAAACACAUGGACCCACAUACUCCACAGCACACCACUGAUCUAGUAAGGAAGCAUGACAGUGCACUGAUUCCAUGGCACUCUACAGCCCACCCACACUGCUUCCAAAGUUAGGGUUGUUCCAUGCCUGCUACAGCGUGCAUCAUCACAGUUGUGGCACUAUUCCCACUAGGAAUGAUGGGAAUAGCAUUGCAUCUGUGAUGAUGCAAGCAGGUAUGGAGCAGCCCUGGCUUUGGAAGCAUCACAGGUGGGCUGCAGAGUGUCUCGAAAGCAGCACACACCUCUCUUCUGGAUCAGUGGUGUGCUGUGUGGUAUGUGGGCCAUUUUCGUGGGGGGAGUGGAAUCUCUAAAUGUGCUUUGGAUUGCAACUCUCAUGGCCCACAAUUACUAUACUCUGCUCCAUCUUUGCUUAUAAAUAUACCUGUUUUAUCAUUAACUUAAUUACUCAGGACUCUACACUUUGAGAUAUUAGCCACUUCACCUGAAGAGAGGGUCAGUGAUAGUUCAUAAGAAGCCAUUAUUGGACAGCAGAGAUCAAAAGGCCUUUUCUGGAGACAUUAUCGAAUCAAUGACAUUCGUUGCUUCAGAAGACUGACCAUUCCCCCUUGAUUGGAAGGCAGUUUCAUGAUAGUCUCUCGUGCAGGGGUUUCCCCAGUCAGUCUGAUGUAAGGUCAGCUCUGUACAUUCAUCCCCAUUGCAAUGCAGAGCCAGCCCUGAUAUUGCUGACUGGAGGAUGUAUCCUCAUUGAGAGGAAGAGCAACAUACUACAAGUUCUUGAGAAAGACAAUUAAAAGGUAGCCUUAAGAAUAACAGAACUGUACAGGCGGCCAAGGAGAUGUAUACCAAUUCUACGAAGGAUAGCUUUUGGGUUGUGUUUAGUGGUGGAUUCUAAUCAUAGUUUUGAGGCUCCCACUGAAGCAACAAGAAAAAGGAGGUAGGAUCCCCUUACUGAUAUAAACUUUCCUUUUAAAAUGAUCUGAUUGGAGGGACAGUCAUGACCACUUCAUAAUUCCAUCAUCACACAUAGGUAAAAACCUAGCUGCCAGGUCCAUAUUCUCACUCGACUCCAGUUAGAUCUUCUAUUAAAAAUCUGAUUUACCUAUGGGAACCAAAACACAUACAUGCCAUUGAAUGUCUGUCAGCAGAUCACUUAAAUGUUUGUAUAAUUUAUCUUCAUUCAUUCUAGGGAGGUAAAAAUCUGUUCCCUUUUUAGUGUACACAAAGGAAAAUGGGAUAUUGUGGGGGGAGUUGUAUAAGACCUAUUUUUCCUCUGUGUGUGAAAAUUGGAUGUACGUGUUCACCUACUGAUUCCACAUAUUCUUUUAUUGUAAAUAUUUAACAUUCUAUUUAUUAUAGUGUCUCCAUUAAAAAAGAAUUGAGCACUGCUGGCUAAGGUAAUUUAAAUAUAUGUCAGGACCUGUGUUGUAUAUAUUCAUGCCACUAGUACAUUUUUGUUGUUUAAAACAAGGAAAAUAUAAUUUUAUACGUUCCAUAAUGUUAUUGGCAGCAUAAAUCAUUUAUUUAUUGUUAACUUUCAUUUCUAAUAGAUAAGAGUUCAUUUAAGCUGUUAGUUCUGUCAAGACAUCUGUGUAGCCUUACUUCUUUGAAAAUUCAAAAUAAAAAUAUUAGCUGUC